CGGAGAGAGAGGCCGAGGUCGGUGAAAAGCGGAAGAUUUAGCGGAGGCGGGCGAAAGCGACGCGCGAGGGAAAGCGAGGGACGCAGGUUCUUCGGAGGAAGGCCGGCGAAAGGGGAACCCUAGAAUCGCUGAGAAGGAGAGAGCAGGGCUCGUGCCGCCCCGUCCCGUCUCGACGCGGCAGGGCAAGGCGGGGCGGGGCAGGGCAGGGCAGAGCUCAUUGGCCGGGUCGAGCGGCUGGCUAUGGAGGCGGAUCGGAGGCUAGGGUCCGAGGGGCCCACGGCGGGCAAAGAGUCACGGGCGGACAACUGCUCGAGCGCGAGAGAAGGCGGAGGAGACGUGGCAGUUGGGGGGCGUGAUUGCUGCCGCAGUGCUGCCGUGAUGCAGUGAUGAUGUCGUGUUGUGGAUAUAGGCGCUUGCGGCACUUUCCUGCGCUGCUCGUCGUCGUCCUCGCUGCCUUCUGCUGCCUGGCGUCGCCUUGAGUAUGUCCGGGGCGACGCCUUAGAUAAGUCUGCCCUGCGCCUCUAUUGUACAUUCGACCCGAUCGGGUUGAUGAUCCGGUGGCGGCCAAGACAGCGCCAGCGGGAGCGUUGUUCUCGAUGUCUGGGCCCGGUGUCUUCUGCUGAUUUUCUGUAAUUGUAAUUAUGGAUCACGCCCUCGCUUGACUCGAGCCGGGGCGGAAACACGAAGUUUCGGCUCGUCGGAGCAAAAGGCUGUACAGUACAGCGAGGGAAGGAGGCAGAGAGGAAGGGAGGCCGCGAGGCAGGCAGGGAGGCAGAAAUGUGUCCUUCGGUCCUUUCGUGAUAUCUUCGUCCUCUACAUGACUAUCGGAAGAGCGUCGCAGCGGCUUGCUAUACAAGCUGCAAAUUCGAGGAUCGCUGCCGCGCCAAUUGAAGAUGAGGUCUGCAGCUCGUGCGCUUCGUGCCGCCAGAUUGCAUUCUGCGGACGUUCGAAACACCGCGGCUGUCGCUGGCCGGUCGUUUUCUUUGCGAGCCGAUCCUCCGCAGGCACAGCCGAAAUUAUUCGUGUCUAGUAGCAGAUGCACCCGUGACUUUGAGGGUCCAUUGCUCCCGAAGGACUUGAAAGUUUUCUCGAGAAAAUUUUCGGUUUCUGCUUCCGUUUCCUUAGCAGAGAAUGAUAACGUGUCUGGUGAGCAACGAGGUCCUCUGGCAGAGUACCAGCGUCGAAUUGCAUCCGGGGAUUUGAAGCCUGGAGACAAAUUCCAGGAAGAUGCGUUGAGAGCUCUUCAGGCUUUAUACGAUGUUCUUUAUAGCACAUCUGAGGAAGUGGGAUUGGAGAAGGCGUCUUGGGAAUCGCGGAAUGGUUCAAGUGGGAGUUGGUUCUCACGGCUGAUGCCAAGAGUUCAAUGGAAUGCACAGCCGUCUGUUCGAGGUCUAUACUUGUACGGAGGCGUGGGAACAGGCAAAACCAUGUUAAUGGACAUGUUUUUCGAUGAGCUGCCCAAAACAUGGAGGAAAUCGAGAAUACAUUUUCAUGAUUUCAUGCUCGAUGUACAUUCCAGUCUCCAGAAAACCAGAAGCCAGGCAGAUCCCUUGGCGGUAGUUGCUGAUGAAAUUUUGAAGGAGGCAGUUUUGCUGUGUAUUGACGAGUUUAUGGUUACUGAUGUGGCAGACGCCCUUAUUUUAAACCGGCUAUUUGAUCAUCUUUUUAAAAGGGGAACUAUUUUAGUGUCCACAUCGAAUCGGCACCCUGAUCAAUUGUAUGAAGGUGGUCUGCAGCGAGACUUGUUUCUUCCUUUCAUAGCCAAUCUGAAGAGUCGGUGUGUGGUUCACGAAAUCGGGUCAUCGAUCGAUUACCGAAAACUCACUGCGGCCGAGCAAGGAAUGUACUUUGUGGGACCAAAUGCAUCCGAGUUGCUGCAUCUAAAAUUUGGUCAAAUUACAGAUGGAGAGGAACCCCGGCCAACUACUGCAGAACUUAGAAUGGGUCGAACGCUGCAGGUACCUUUGGCAGCCGAUGGAUGUGCUCUGUUUCAAUUCCACGAGCUUUGUGAUAUGCCUCUGGGCGCUGCUGAUUAUAUUGGGCUUUUUGAAAAAUUUCAUACUCUAGCUCUGGACGGAGUCCCUAAAUUUGGUUCUCAUAACCGUGCUUCAGCUUAUCGGUUUACGACAUUGAUAGAUGUAAUGUAUGAACACAAGGCGAGAUUUAUGUGCUCCGCCGAGGCUACGCCUGUGGAGCUAUUUGAGAAAGUGUUGCCGAUAUCUGAAGCACCAAAGCAAAAGAGGACUUCAUCACGUUCGAACAAUCCCGAAGAUGCAGACAUUCUUAUAGACAACGAUCUGGGGUUUACGAAGGACCGUACCAUCAGCAGGUUAACAGAGAUAAACAGUUCGGAAUAUCAAGAGGAUCAUGCUAUUGCUUACAACCGCUUGCCAAACCCCGCCGCAACGGGUACGGACGCUUAAAAUGCAGCAUCUUGUACACUUCCUCCAAAAGCACGUAUUGAGCAGAAUAAUCGUGAAACUCAGGUAGCUCAUUAUCUGUACGUGAUUGGUGACCUGGGACCGAGGUUUUGCCCUAGCUGCGGCAAGCUGCGGCAAUAUACGUAUUUGUAGAUAUUCUCAUUUUUUCUGGUCUAGAACAUGUCGGCGUUUGUCUACAACCUUGAGAGAACCCCCAAGUGUCUGCACGAGGUUCUGGAGUCUUUUCUGUCGUAGGAAAGGUCGGUCAAGGAACUAUGUAGCCUAUCAGCAUUCCAUCACCAUUUUUGUCUCUGCUGAGAAAGAAGUGCACUAUUGAAGCAUCAGUGAUUAGAUCUGAUGUAAUUAGGCUGUGUUUUGAAAAAUUUGACUACUGUACAGUAUUUUUGAGUACCAUAGAAAAAGGUGAAUCCAAGAUGGAGCUGCUUGCUGAGGAGUUAGAUAUACAUUCGAACUAUAGGUGGUGAAGAUCUGACAAGUUUAUUGUUCCAUGAUAAGAUGAUCCCAAAGGUCCGAGGAAUGUUCCAAACGAAAAUUCACCUUAAAGGUGUUUGAAGGAUU